AUGGAGCUUCACAUCUCUGAACACGACGAAGCUGGUAGAGCUAUAGCAGCCUACGUCUCCUCCGAAAGCAGCGACAGGAUCGAAUUCAUCAAGACAAAGGAGCAAAGCAGUCUAUGGAUGCGGCUACUCGACGUGUUUUUGCCGGCGGGCUAUCCUCACAGCGUGACCCGUGAUUACAUGUGGUACCAGAUCUACGAUUCUCUACAAGCCUUCUCAAGUUCCAUUGCCGGACUGCUUGCUUCUAGGGCUGUGCUUCAAGGUGAGACACUCCAAAGCUCCGAUCAUACGGAAUUGAUCAUUGUCACGUUGGGGGUGUGA